CCAUGGCAACGGUGAAACGGUGAAACUCGGAACAGCCGCCUGCGUUUCUGUGAUUCUUGCUGUUUUCUACAUUUAUUUAUCAAUUCGUCAUGGACGGCUCCGAUACGUAUCUCAUACGACCUAAUUAUCAGCACAAGUUUAAGCCUGCCAUUGUUAAGGAGUAUAUUCGUGAAAUAGUGAGGGAGCAGCUGUCUGGAGUGCAGUACGACCCAGAGAACGUCCCUGAGCUGACCCGUUCGCUGGCAGACUGCGUAAAGGACAAGGUCAAGAGUGCUGGAUUUGACAAGUAUAAGCUUGUCGUUCAAGUGGUGAUCGGAGAACAACGAGGACAAGGAGUGAAGAUGUCCUCUAAGUGUUUGUGGGACACUGACACGGACAGCUGUGCUGAAGAUGUUUUCAUGAAUGACAGCUUGUUCUGUGUGGUGACCGUUUUUGGCAGCUAUAUGUACUGAAGACCUGGAUAAAAGGACUUUUAUAUGAAGUUAGAUGAGGUGAACUUUGUGAGACAGCUUACAGUCGCCAUUUCAGACUAUAGUUCUGUACUUCGCUCUGUUCGCUCUCAGGCAACAGAGAUGGACUUGGACACUGGAACCCAAGAGAGAAGAAAUGUAAUGUUAAGGAGGACUUUUUCCAUCUUUACAUUGGAUUGUGGAAAUAUAUAAAGUAUAUUUUAUGCAUCUACAGUGCACUACUUCAGUGGGCAUCUACAGUGCCCUUCAGAUUAAGGGUGUAAUGAUAUUUCUGAGUACCGGUAAGUAACUUCUGGACACUACCUUUUUGAUAGAAAACCGACAUUUGUACCUAAAUAACUUUAUUUUAGGUCAGUAAUUUAAAUUACUGUUGUCAAGAUAAAUGACAAGCUUUACUUUUGUUUCUUCACAUGUAAAAAUGUGUUUAUUUUUGCUAUUUUGUGAGAGCAGCCAACCUCCAUUUCAUUAAAAGCAUCUCAUCCCUUUUACUUACAGACUUUAUUUACAGGCUAUCAUGAUAUUGUAAGAUUCUCUGCAGCAUGUGGUAAGUUUGCACACAUUCCUACAUUUUGCUCAUUCAUACCAACACCAUGCCUAAUUUUCAUAUUCAAGUUGAAGAUUUCUAAAAAGGAGAAAGGUAAAAACUUACUUAUCCAGGAAGUGUAAUUUGAGGUCCACACAAUCGUUUUAGGGAGUCAGACAAAGUUGCAACCUUUUAGUAAUAGGUCCUCAUC